AUGAGUGGGAGGAACGGUUACAGCUACGGAAAUGGUCACUCCGAUGCCGGUCGGUAUGAUAGUGAUGGUGGUUAUGGCAGCAACAACCUAGGAGUGAAUGGGUAUGGUGGUCGAAGUGCUGGAAGUCCAGCAGUAUCACCAGGUGGAGGGGGAGGAAGCCGAGAUCGCCGACCUGGCGGAUAUGGUGGAUUUUACGAUGAUUCACAACAGCCCCCCCACUCACCUGGUCCAUCCCCAGAGCGCAGGAGAGAUCGGUCGGAACGAGGCCGUGGACAACCGGCAUCCCAAUCUAAGUCGCGAUCACGACCAAGGAAUGGAGAGUCAGAUAGGAGAUAUCCGCCUUCAAGGGAUGGUAAAUCCAGAGAUGCCUCGCGAAUUCCGGAUAGUCGCAGUCGGGACAGGAAUGAAUCUAUUGUGGCCGCAAAGGGAAGCAAUUCGCAGGACAUACAAUCUGUCGAAGAGGUUCUGCAAUCGAUCCAGCGUGAUUGGGAUUUCAUGACGGAGGCCGAGUGCAUCCCUGUGAAUGUUGCUCUCAAUUUGAUGGAUACUAGUACGUUGGGAAAAGCAGAUAGAGAGCUGGACUUCAUUCAUAUGUAUGAUCAGAUUCAGAGGACACUGAAGGCCAUUGUUAACGAACAUCAUCAGGGAUUUAAUAGUUCUAUCGGAACUUACCAUAAGAUCCAGUCAAAUAUUUCGAGUUCACAAGGCCGAGUGCGCAACCUGAGAAGCUUUUUGGAAGAGGCCAAAUCAGGGUUGCUGUCAACGAAACCAGAGCUGAAGGGUUUGGCGACGUCUUCUCAAAGUUACGAUGAUCUUCUUCAGUUGUUUGCCCAGAUCGAGGACAUUCAAUCCCUCCCCGAGAAACUUGAAUCGACAAUUUCCGAUAAAAGAUUUCUCACGGCGGUGGAUGUGCUGCAUACUGGACUCCGAUUACUUCGGCGCUCUGAGCUGGAGGAUAUUGGCGCUUUGGCCGAUGUUCGGGCUUACUUCAACAAUCAAGAGUCAUCGAUUAUAGACAUCUUGGUUGAGGAGCUGCAUGAUCACCUUUACCUCAAAUCUCCUUAUUGCUCAGAUCGGUGGAAGGCACCCGUUGGAGAGGGAGAUAUGACUACCACGAGCUGGACAGGUAAUCGCUCAUAUGAGCGACCUGUCUAUACUUUCUUGGCUAAGUUUGAUGCAUCAACCCCGAUGGUCGAAGAUACUUCCAGAAAUCCUGAGGCCGACACAUUCUCUUAUAUUCAGUUGUUGAUCGAGUCCCUGAAUAAGAUGGGCCAUCUCGAUACAGCAGUUGAUAGAAUUGAACAACGCCUUCCAGUGGAGUUAUUCGCAGUUGUCGACAAGACAAAUGCCGAAGUCGACGCCCGUUAUCCCACUCCAAACCGAACCUACUCUUCCCAUGAUAAUCAGCUGAAGUCCAAUCUGCCCACAGAGGAGAUUGACCAACGAGGACAUGUCAUAUCUGAAUAUCUUUGGGCUUUGUAUGCUAAGUUCGAAGCCAUUGCAGAGGGUCAUCGCGUGCUCCAUGACGCUAUUGCUGGCAUUGUGCAACGAGAAGGCAUCAUCAAAAGCCAAGCACUCUUGGGUGGGUUCAAAGAGUUGUGGAAGCUUCUGCAAAGCGAGAUUAGGUCUUUAUUGCAUGACUACCUUGCAACUGAUGGAGAAACUUCGUUCAGGAACAGAGGCGAGGAGGCAGCUGCCCAGAAGAACCUGUACACAAACAAUCGGGAUAAGAACAAAAAAAUGUUCAAGCUAUCUGAAAUCGACCAGGACUCAGAAAUGAAGGCCGAGCAAAAUGAGCUGGAUGAGAUUCUCAAGACCUCAGUGCCCGGUCUAGUAUCUAAAACAAGACAAAAAGCAUCGACAAACGAUGCAUCACAACCACGGCAAGGUAAUUCUGGGACUGGUCAUAAGCUUCUCCUUGACCCAAGCGUUUUCAACAUGAGACUUCUUCUCCCACCUUCAUUGUCCUUCAUCCAGCGUUUGAAGGAUAUUGUUCCCGUUGAUUCAGAUAUUUCCACGAGCACGCUGACCACCUUCCUUGACGACUUCAUGGUCAAUGUCUUCCUACCACAGUUAGAUGAGACCGUGACAGAUCUCUGCACACUCAGCUUUAUUACUGCUGAUGCAUUUACGGAAGAUCCCCAAUGGUCCCAGGUCUCACCCCGUCCUAUCUUCAAGGGCACGGUCAAGUUCAUGUCAAUUGUGCGGGAAUUCAGCAAGAUGCUUUCCAGUAUUCCUCAUGAUCAGGCAUUCACUCAGCUUCUGAUCGACCAGAUUUUCACGUACUACGACAAGUGCUGUGGCUGGUACAAAGCAAUGGUCACAAAGGUGUCUGCUCACAAUUCCGGAGGCGAAGUACGUCUGAAAGCUGCAGCUGCUUUCGCAGCAUCCGGCGACAUUCACAAUGUUGUCGAAGAACUCUGGAAUGGAGACCCUGCAAAGAAACAAACUCUGAUUGACACCGAAACCGAUCUACUUCUAAAGCGAACUGAUACAGUGCCGCUAGAGCCUUACGACAUUAUAUCUGACCCGAAGACUGUUGUCGCCCUUUCACUUUUGUACAACAGUAUGGAAUGGCUCGCAAGUCAUCUAGCACAAAUUCGCUUCGUCAUCGACCCAACGACAGACCCAAGCUCGUCAAGCUUUACAGCAAAUGGUCGACCAUCUCGUCGGUGGACACUAUAUGGCUCCAUGAAGCCAAAGCGUGAUAGUGUCAGUACUCCAGUAUAUCUGCCGCUGAAUGAAGAGACAGCUUCAGCCUUUGACAAGACUCUGCAAUCGCUCCACGGGCUUGGAGCAAAUGCUCUUCUGACAUUACACGUGGAUAUUCGCUGCGGAGUCAUUCACAUUCUGACGAGGACCAUGUCGGGACCAAACCCUGGCAAUGUCCGAAAUUCAGAACCCGCCACGCCGACUCCAAGUACAGAGAGCUGGUGGCACAUCAUUAUGAACCCACCGACAGCGGCAUCCCCAACAAUUUUGCAAUUGAACAGCGAUUUAAUCGCAUUUGACACCAACAUCUCGACAUAUUUGGGCCCUAAUGAACAUUGGUUUAUAGCUUCAGGUCUAGCACGAUUCAUCGAUCGAAUUUUUGUAGCCUGCACGCGUUAUAUCGGGGCCAUGAACGAAAAUGGCGCCCUCCGUCUACAGCUUGAUGUCUUGGUCCUCCAGCAGAAUCUCAAGAACAUCAUCAUCGACCCGACGGCCGAAUCAACAGGCACUACUGAAUUGACACCUCAGGAGGUGGUGGCUUUGCCGCGCAGUGCCAAGUUCCUGGAUUGGUUCCUGGAGGGCGCAGAAAAGGCGUUAGACUACGCGAAAGAAGAGAAAGAAGCAUUUGCCGCAGAAGGCAAUAAGGCCUUAGCUGCUGGCAAUGGUGAGCCGUUCACGUACGAUGAGCUCCGGGUUCUGGUUGACCUUUGCUUCUCUGAAAUUCUGCGCGGGCCCCGCGGUACUGAGAAUCGGGAGGACUUCAUGUCAGCUAAGAAGGCCAGUGCUGAUUCACUCCUGCGACUGAAUGAGGUUAUGUGGGAUGUUUGA